AUGCUCGACGAAAAGAUUGUCGUUGAUUGCGUGACGUUGAAACACUUCAAUCAGCUGGAAAUUAUCGAUUUGUUGGUGCAAUUUUCGAUGAAGCAGUUGGAUGCUGGGAUUUUGGUGCACUUCAAAUUGAAGCGAAACGUGCCAUUUCUAUGGAUGUUAGAGGCAGAAACAAUCGAAUUGCCAAACAUCAAUAAAAUGCUCUCUGGCUUAUCUCGAGAUUGCACAAAUAAAUGGUUGAAAAAAGUGCGGAUUUUGAUGACAAAAUUGUGAAAAUGUCGAAUGAAGCAACAACUUAAGAAACAAUGUUCAAGUAACGAAACUCGUCAACGCCAUUCAAAAACAGACAAAAGAAAGCAGCAAAUGGUAUACGAAAUUAUAAAGAUGAUAUGAUUACCAAAAGUUUGCUGCAAAAUUUGAUGGCAGAAGCGAUGGAUAAAUUGAUGGAAGCGCAUGGAAAAAAGAUAUCAAGUGGAUGUUUAUCAACAAAUUGA